UCCCACCCCCUCAUUUCAUACAUGAGGAAGCUGAGCCCCAGAGAGGGAAGUGACUCUCGCCAGAGCCGGCUGCUGACCAAGCCCGGAGGAGAAAUGGCAUCUCACACCUCGCUCAGCUGCACUGGACCCCCUACAGUUCUAGAGAGUAAGAGGACCUUCAUCUCUUCUACUGUUGACGCUGUAGGAAGGAACAUGAGCCAGCUAAGCGGGAGUGAGAACUGCUCCUUCCAUGAAGUGGACGUGCUGAUGAGGACCGUGCAGCUGGCUGUCCACACCCCGACCUUCCUCCUUGGUCUGCUCCUCAAUUUGCUUGCCAUCCGAGGCUUCAGCUCCUUCCUGAAGAAGAGGCAGCCCCGCUGCGUUGCCACCUCCAUCUACAUGAUCAACCUGGCGGCCUUUGACCUGCUGCUGGUGCUCUCUCUCCCAUUCAAGGUGGCCCUGUCUCAAGGGAAGGCUCCCCUCCGUCCCUUCUGUACCCUAGUGGAGUGCCUCUACUUCAUCAGCAUGUACGGAAGCAUCUUCACUGUCUGCUUCAUCAGCCUGGACAGAUUCUUGGCCAUCCGGUACCCGCUCCUGGUCAGCCACCUCCGGUCCCCCAGGAAGACCUUUGGGAUCUGCUGCACCAUCUGGGUCCUGGUGUGGGUGGGGAGCACCCCUAUCUAUAGCUUCCAUGGGGAAGUGGAAAAUUACACGUGCUUCCACAACAUGUCUGACGGCACCUGGAGUGCCAAGGUCUUCCUCCCUCUUGAGGUCUUCGGCUUCCUUCUUCCCAUGGGCAUCAUGGGUUUCUGCUCCUCCAGGAGCAUUUGCAUUCUGGUCUCCCGUCGGGAUCACACCCAGGACUGGGUCCAGCAGAAGGCCUGUAUCUGGACCAUCGCGGCCAGUCUGGCUGUCUUUGUGGUCUCCUUUCUCCCAGUCCACCUGAGUUUCCUCUUGCAGUUCCUGGUGAGGAAUGGCUUUAUCGUGGAGUGCAGAGCCAAGCAGAACACCAUCUUGUUCCUGCAACUGUCCAUGUGUUUCUCCAAUAUCAACUGCUGCCUGGAUGUUUUCUGCUACUACUUUGUCGUCAAAGAAUUCCGCAUGGACGUGAUGGCCCACCGGCCUUCCAGGGUCCAGAUGGUCCUCCGGGAUGCCAUGAGCACCACAGCUAAGGGAAGAAAGCUGUGCUUGGAGGAAGGAAACCUCAGUCUGAACUCCAUAGCAGAUACCUCUUCCUAG